AUGAAAUUCACCAGUUUAAUUUGUUCAUCUAUUUUAUUAAUCAUUCCUACUGUUAUGGCUGAUGAUGCAUCAUCUGAUACUACUAUUAUCAAUACCAUCACCAUUACUAAAACUUUGUAUACCCCAGAAGAAUCAAGUAGUUUACUUUCAGUUCAAUUAGAAUCAGAAGCUUCCGUUGCCUCUGUUGCUUCCGCUGCUUCAGAAGCAGCCGCUUCAGCCGCUUCAAUCGCAUCUGUUGCUUCAGAAGCUAGUGCUGCUUCCCUUGCUUCUGAACUUUCUGCUCUUGCAAAAGUUACUGAAGUUAAAGCUGAUGUGAUUAAUAAUUAUAAUGCUACUAUUAAUUCAACUUUGAGUUCAUCAACAAUUGCACCAAAAAUUUCAUCAUCUUCAUCAUCUUCUUCUUCAAAGAAACAUGAAUCAAUUACUAGUGUCAUUACUAGUUCUACCAAAGAUAAUGCUAGUGCUGCUGUGACUACAAAAACUGGAUCUGCUACAUCUAAAGCUGGAGCAGCUGCAAUGGCUGGACCUGUUCCAAUUUUGACUAAUUCAAUAUUCACUGCUGGAUUACUUGCCCUUGCUGCAGUUUUAUUAUAA